GGCUGGAUGGUGUCGAGAACAUGAGUCAUUGCAGAUCGCUCUGCAUAUGAAGCUGCCGGCCUGGGGUGGAUGCUGAAACUGAUAGGGCUGCGAAUUCAAAUCGCUGCAGGAUUUCCCCUUUUGUUCCUUUCCAGGAAAGGAUCAUUUCACCCGCCCAGCCAGCGGUGCUGGUGGAAUUGUUAACUUGUGGCCUGCAUCUCCUCGCUCUGGAUGGAGGCUGCAGCAGCUUUCGCGGGUUUUCAUCUCUUCAAAAGCAGGCGGGGAACGUGCUAAUCAUUGCCAUCAGCCCUGGCUGCUCAGGGCUUUGCUCUUCUGGGAGGAUUUCCCUUGGGGUUGCUGUGACUCAGCUCCUGUUUCCCCCACCCUCUGACUCAAAGAUUUCAACGUACUACACUCACUAACAGCGUGGCAGAGACUGGUGCUUCCCUUGAGCCGGCAGGUCCAGGUUCCUCACCAAUUCCUUAGAGGGGCAGAGCAGAAGCAGCCCCAAGUCCCUGCAGCUCUGUCCCAGUUUGCUGUUUGCAGCCAGGACGGGGCACAGCAGGUCUGUGGUAGGAGAGCAGGUCUGUGCCACAAACAGCUCAUCACUGCCACUAUGACAUCUUCAAGCUCUGCCCAGCAUCCAGCAGCUGAGGAUGCCUGCAGAAUCACUCUUGGACAAGCUAACCAGGUGCGACCCAAACUGCCACUUCUGAAGAUUCUGCAGGCUGCAGGUGCCCAAGGAGAAACCUUCACGCUGAAAGAGGUUAUGCAUCACCUAGGACAGUAUAUAAUGGUGAAGCAGCUGUAUGACAAAAGACAGCAACACAUGGUGUACUGUGGAGGAGAUCAGCUGGGAGAACUGCUGGGGCUGGAGAGCUUCUCUGUAAAAGAUCCAAGCCCAGUCUAUGAAAUGUUGAAACGGAACCUGACUUCUGCUGCAAUGACAGAUGCUGCACAGAAUCUCGCAAAGGAACAGAGCGUCGAUAAGCCAAGCCAAGACCAGCUGAAGUUUAGCCCGCAAGAAGUUUCUGACACUGUCAUCAGAGAAGGUGAAAGCAAUACAUCUGCUUUGUCUACCUCAGAGCACAAAUGUGAGAAUUAUGGAGACAAAGACUUAAUAGAAAACCUCUCUAAAAGCAAGAAGCCUAAACUGGACCUAGUGUUUGAGGAAUGGGAUGUAGCUGGUCUUCCAUGGUGGUUUUUAGGCAACCUCAGAAGCAAUUACAAGUCCAGAAGUAAUGGAUCAACAGAUAUUCAGACUAACCAGGACAUAGACACUGCCAUUGUUUCAGAUACUACUGAUGACUUGUGGUUCCUCAACGAAAGUCCGUCGGAUCAGACCAGUGCUGCAGUCAAAGUGGAAACAGCUGACUGCGAGGAAGUGAAAGAAGAUGACAAAAAGGUGACUGAGGAUGCAUGUUUGCAUGACUUGGAGGAUUCUCAGUGCUUAAGCGAUGACACGGACACAGAAGCUGCAGCCUCUGAGGACUGCUGGCAAUGCACCAAAUGCAAGAAAUUUAACUCUCCAGGCAAACGGUACUGUUACCGCUGCUGGGCCCUACGGAAGGACUGGUACUCAGAUUGUCCCAAACUGGCUCAUUCUCUUUCUCUGUCCAACAUUGAUGCUAUGCAAAACAAAAACGAGGAUGAAGGGAUAGAUGUCCCGGACUGCCGAAGGACUAUUUCUGCUCCAGUUGGCCAACCUAAAGACAUGUUCGUGGUAGAAAACAAAUUACACGUAGAUCCCUGCAGCUCUAUUGAGUCUUUGGAUUUGGCACGAGAAUGUGAAAGCAGAGAGUCCCUGUUGCAUUUCACUGAACGUAAAACGGAGGAAGAAAUACAGUCUCUAGAAAGCAUAAAAAAAUUACUGAAUCCUUGCUUCUUAUGCCAUCACAGACCACGGGAUGGGAAUAUUGUCCAUGGAAGGACUGCUCACCUUGUGGCCUGUUUCAAGUGUGCAAAGAUGUUGAAGAAAAAGAGAUCACCUUGUCCAGUGUGCAGGAAAGAGAUUGAGAUGGUGAUCAGAAUCUUUAUGGGAUAGCUGAACCAGUUCAGGCCUUCUCUAUCAAAAGAUAGCACGCUGAUUCUCUUGCACUCUACACAAACCCUAACUUCAGAGAUCAUCAGGUGAACACCAAAGAGAAUUAAGAUUCCGAACUGCCCAUGAAUCAUCUGCAUCAAAUGAAGUAGCAUCUUUUUUUUUUUGUCUGUUUUAAUGAAACCCUGUAGGGAGCACGCAAUAACCAGCAUGUUGGUAUCAAUACCCUAGUUUUUAAUGGCUUACUAUGAUUCUCUGUUCUGACAACUGGUCCUUGUAGGAAGCAAGUUUUGGAGAGAGUUAUGACUUUGGCUGUUGGAGUGUUCUCCAGGAAGUCAAACCCUGUGCAAUGCUUUUUAAGGGAGGAGUCUGGAGCUGACAAAUAAUAUAUGCAGAGUGGGUGGGGUGGGAAGAUGGGAGGGGAGGGGAGGUGAAGAGGGUUCUAAUUUAGAGAAGCCAUUUCUCCAAGGAUCAGUUCUCUUGAAGGCAAUGAGAAGCAAAUAAUCAUGUAUCUUAAUAAGAUGUUUUUUGUUUUUGUGUUGUGUGUGUUUGUUAACUGAGGUCCUUUUGUUUCCAGACUUGAAAUGAGCAGUGUCAAUCUAUAGCUAUCUCAGGUUACAUACCAGUUGGGAGUCAAGUAAGAUGUUAUACUGUGCCGUGUUGUUGGAUUUUUUUCACUUGUAUUGAUUCUUUUUUCAUUUCAGUACAGUUCUAUGUCAGCUGUUGUUGCUUUGUUGAAGCCUGUCCAGUGUUAGCUCAGAAUCUGGCGUGCCAGCUGGGUUAAAUUAUAAUAGCUCUUUAUCACAGCGCCCGUUGCAGCUUCCCCAGCUGCAGCUUCCACCAUUGCUGCAUUUCAUCAGGCCAGUCUAGAAGAUGCUCGCUCUGUGUGAUGUGGCUUUACAGACAGGGUAUGGGCCUUUGAGGGGGGAAAAAGUCCUGCAAUGCACUGUCUAUGGACUGUGCUUGGUGUUAAUUUUUGAAUGCUCUCCAACGAUGUCCUUUCCCAGUGAUUUAAUGCCUCAGAUCCGUUUCAGCAUUUAUGUUGUUCUCCGAAGUUGUCUAUGGUUAGUGUACUUGUUGUUAAAGCUCACGUAGAACUUCAAAAAGGGCUAUAUGUUCUUAAGCUAUGAGCUCAUGCACUAGAAGUGUACUCAGCUCCUCCUCAGCCGACUGACUUUGCGAGGGUUUCUGCUCAGAGUAUUCCCCCAAGGAGAGGAGCUGUGUUCUUCACGUGUGGAAGGCAGGUAGAUGCACCCCUAAAUCAGGGGUGAAUUAUAGGAGUGUAAAGCCUUGGGGCUCCCAGAGAAUUUCCUGCAGCCACCUUGGAUGCCCUGAGAUCCCUGGCUAACCGGGCAGCCCUCCUCCACGCUUCUUCCAGCUUUCCCUUCUGGAUUCUGGACAGCGCCGAGGAGUUUGUGGAGCCAGUGGGAGAAGACAGCGCUGUGGGAGCAUGCAUUAAGCAUUAUUUCUGUUAGUUUUCUAGGUCCUUAUUUAUUUUAAACAUCAGGUUAGUGAGUAGUCUUGCCAUCCAUUUAGUCUGGAGUUCACAAUGGAGAGCCAGAGAGGCGAGGGAAGGCAGUUCUUGGCAUGUUCUCCAGGGCUUUGGAGAGCCUGCGUCCGGCAGCAAGAGUGCCUUCACCUCUCUUCAGUAUACAGGUGUGUGAAUUCAGUACAUUGUUUAGGAUAUAGCCUGUUUUGUCAUCGUCUGUACAGUUCCCUUUCUGAUCUAGGGAGUGCUCCACUCCUGGUUAAAGAUAAGAAAGAAAAAAAAAAAAGAAAAAAUGAAAAAAAAAAAAAAGACAGGGAAAAAAAAGAUAGUGCUUAGACCUUGGUGCUUCUCUUGGCUCUUUCCACCUUGUUUCCUACACUCCUUCUGCUGGUCCAGCCCUCACAGGUCAGGUGUGCAAUGAAAGCCCCAAAACCUGCCUGGCAGAAAGUCCCAGCAGUCUCCCAUGUCCAAGUUGUUGUUUUUUAUUGUGCAAAGAUACUGGAGUAGGUGCUAUCUGCAGUCACUGCCUAUCACUGCCAAAAGUCAGGUCGCUCGUGUGUUUUGCGUUGUGUUGUGAUUUUUUCUACACCAGCUGUUAUUUAGGUUGUUGUUGUUGGCUGUUCUUUACAGUUCUCUUGUAAAAAUCGGGGGAUAACCUUCUGUUUGCUGCACUAUCCGUACGUACGUGGGAGUGGAUCCGUGUGGAAAAGAUUUACUUUUUGCUCCCCUAACUGAAGGGCUCUUAAAUUGCAGGUGAUGCACUUUAAUCAUGCGAAGCUCAGUGGUGUUAUCUCCUCGAAUCACAGAAGGGAGUUCCUGCCAGGUAGUUGCUUCCACUUUCAGGUAGUUGCUUCCCGUUUAGGAGCAUGGGUUCAGGCAGCGUGCAUUGUGGCACUUCUGGAUACUGUGAAUCUCCCCUCACCCCAAUUGCUUCUAAAAACAAAAACAUUUUGCUCAAAGCAGUCGUACUGAAUUGUUCAGCUCUGGCUGCACUGAAAAGCUUGUAAUUUGUGUUGACCAAAAAAAUGUACGGAGAGUUUAGGCUGCUGUAAGGGGUUGAAUAUUCGUACCAAAAUCCUACUGAGAUCUGUAUGCAGCUUCCAUUGUUAAAUGAAAAUUGCUGUUGUGAUAAAAUCCAAAUCCGCAGGAUGCGUUUUGGGGUAACGACCUUCUUAUCUGUGACUUCUUGUUGAGUAGAACCACGGUGUUUACAACAUGCAUUUGACAAGUUCUUUAUUCUUUUGAACUGAAAUAGCAGUCGUCAUGUCUCACAAUGUUACAGUUGAUCAUGCUUUUAUAGAAGAAUAAGCUAUUGCGGCACAAGCACCUCGUGGUGAGAUGUAACUGCCCACCUUGUGGCUAUGCUCUGGGGCGGGGGGGGGGCGGGUGGUGAGGGAAAAGGAGGGAAGAAGUACAUUUUAUUGCUUUAAGUAUAAGGCUUAAAAAAAUAAUUCAGCAGGAGCUGCUGUUUGUUGUUUUUGUUUUUUUUUCUUUUUUUUGACACUUUUGAGGAAGUGCAGGCUUGAGGUGUGAGUUGAAGAACUAUCUCAAAGCACUUGGUCAUGAUAUUCAAUGCCGUGAGCUGUCAGCCCGGCAGUGCUACUGAUUUCCUCUUCUACAGAUGCCACAGCUGAUGUGGGCUCUGUUCAGAACUGCGUUUUGUUGGAGCUCAGCAUCUCCCUGAGAUGGGUGUGAACUCAAGUUCUCUGACUACAGCCUUGCUGUCUCAUCACUCCUGGCAGUUUGUCUCUCGGUGAGGUUUUACUAUGAAGUGCAAUAUGGCAGAAGUGGUCCUCGGGCAAGCAUUAGCAGGCAUUGCUGCGUGUCUGCUGGAAGCGUGGAGCACAGCUGUCCUGUGACUGUCAGAUUAGAAAGGUCUCUGCUUCCCUGCUCCUUUCUCCAGUGACGUUGGUUGCUGCUCCUCAGGAACCUGCUGAAGUCUCCCCAGUGUGAGCGCGCCCAAAGUCUGGACUUCAUCCACAGAUACCUCCGCUUUUCACUCAGAACCGUUUAGCCCUAGAGCCACCAAACUUCUUACUUGGAUGUUGAAACAGAACAUGGGAACCAUAAGCCUCUCAGCUGUACACUGCCGCUCAGCACAUUACAGUGCUCUUCGUUGCAAAACACUGCACAUCAUUUGCCUUCAUCCCGUUUUGGCAGCCAGAGGUACCCACACAACACUCACUGCAUUCGCUCCUGCAAGUCUUUCCAGUUUAAGUGCCUCUUCGCAGUUACUCCCAGUGACUGUUAUUUGCUGAUGCGCCCAGUAUAUCAGCUUUUGCUUCAGCUGUCUGUUCAAACACCUGUGUCCAUCCUCUGCUGAGCUGUAUCACGGAGCCAAAUUUAGCCUCACCAAAGCUGCUACGUGAAUUCGAGAGCCUUUGGAGCAGCCCCCAGAGUGCUUCUGAAUGCUGGGUGUUUCAUUGAAGACUGUUGCAAACUUUCUGCUUCUGUGCGUUAUUUAUUACGGUGCAUGGCUGUGAUGGAACCCGUGGUGCAGCUCGCCAGGGUCCUCCAUCCAGCAGUGAUAUUGUAUUUGCUACUGAGAAGCUGUCCUUGCAGGACAAAAGUGGCUGUUGACAAAUGGAAAUGGCCUGAAAACCGAGUUUCAAAACCCACCAGGGUAGCUUGCAGUUGCCUGCUCACUCUUUGCCUGUUCUGAGCUUCAUCUUCCUCUCCUGGAAGAAGAGAAAUGUUCUCAUUAGAGGCCUUCAGUGGAGGCUGGCUGCUUCGGAAGACAGCACGAUUUAAUGGUUGAAGAAAGGACUCGGAGCCAGGGCUCCGCUCUCCAUUCUGGCUGUACUCUUGCAGUGAUGCAUGAGGUGAGGAAGAAACUCCCCGAGUCCUGUGCAUGCUCUGUUCAGCUGAACACCCGCAGGUCGUGUUGCAAUCCUUGAAGAGGAGGCGCUGCGAGGCUGAUCGUUCAAGGUCAAGGACACCCACAGGUAGUGUGAGGCUGAUAAACACUGCGUGCUUGGAACAGCUCCAGAAACAGGUUGCCUCCAGGCAGCAGCUCUCCUGCUCUGAAUAUCCUUCGUUGGUUAUCUGUCCAAAGUGGCUGGAAUUUUCCUUCGCUGCUUAGCAAAUCAGUGAGACCAUGCCUGUAACCGCCUGGUGGUGUCUGGCCAGCGAAAUCAGAACGGUCAGCAGCCCCAGGCUGGGUUACACACCUCAGCAACUUGCUUGCACUUGUUUAUGAUGAAUACAGGCAGCUGUUAUGAUUGCAGUCUUGUUUUUAUGUGCUAUUACCGUGGUAAUGUGCAUUUGCUGCCCACACACACGCACGGACACCCUGUGCCUGCCACUCGGAGCAGGUGUAGGAAUCCGUAGCUGCUGAACUCUGCAAUUAGCUUCAGUCCCUUACUCCAAGCUGCCUUUGAUGAGUCCGUGAAGAUACCUAAGGUAUGAACAAACAUCUUUUACCUCUGGCCAAGCUAACAAAGACUUGCUCUUCUGGAAGGAAUCUUUUCCUGCCCUGUCUCACUAGCACCCUUCCCCUGCAGCCCGCCGUUCCCGAGCCAGAAUCUGGAUCCAAACACCCACCCGCACAGCAACCCAAUAACCAGUCUCUGUGUGUUUGCACUAUUUAAAAAGGCACGUACAUGUAUCAUGGACCUGAUGACCUGUUUUUGUGUCCACAGCAUAAGUCUAAUUAAAUGGAUCGUGUUCUAUGGCAAUGUUGGGUUUAUUUUUUCAUUUGUACUGCGUUUCGGGGACAACUUUAAGUAAAGGCCUGUUACCAGUUA